AUGGAGAGAACACAAUCCUCACUUCUACAAAUUCAGCCUCCAACUUAUGGAAACUUAGUCACAAUUCUAAGUAUAGAUGGUGGCGGUAUUAGAGGCCUUAUUCCUGCAACUAUACUCGAGUACCUUGAAUCAGAACUUCAGGAAUUGGAUGGUGAAUCUGCACGACUUGCAGAUUACUUUGAUGUAAUUACAGGAACAAGUACCGGUGGUCUUGUAACUGCCAUGUUAACGGCUCCAAAUGAUAAACAACGUCCACUUUUUGCUGCUAAAGAUAUCAAACCCUUUUACUUGGAACACUGUCCAAAUAUUUUCCCACAAAACAAGCACAUGUUAGGUUCUAUGGGGAAAUUGUUUAGAUCAUUGGCAGGACCAAAAUAUGAUGGAAAAUACCUUCACAGUGUGGUGAGGGAGAAGCUUGGAGAAACUCGCGUGCAUGAGACUCUCACCAACAUUGUGAUCCCCGCGUUUGACAUAAAGUCGAUGCAACCGAUUAUUUUUUCAACUUAUCAAAGCAAGAGAACCCCAUGCAUGGAUGCUCGACUCUCUGACAUAUGCAUCAGUACUUCUGCUGCUCCCACUUAUCUUCCAGGUUACAACUUCAAGAACCAAGACAGCGAAGGAAACGUACAUGAAUUCAACCUCAUUGACGGUGGUGUUUGUGCAAAUAAUCCGACUUUGGUGGCAGUGAAUGAAGUAACCAAACAGAUAGUUAAUCAGAAUAAUGACUUCUAUGCCAUCAAGCCCAUGGAAUAUAGUCGCUUUCUGAUAAUCUCAUUGGGAACUGGUACGCCAAAGAAUGAACAAAAAUUUGAUGCAAAAAUGGCAGCAAAAUGGGGUCUAUUGAAUUGGUUAACUCAUGGCGGUUGCACUCCCUUAAUUGACAUCUUUAGUCAAGCCUCCGGAGAUAUGGUUGAUUUUCAUAUUGCUACUGUCACUCAAGCGCUUAACUGUCAAGAUAAUUAUCUUCGAAUACAAGAUGAUACAUUGACUGGUAUUGACUCUUCCGUUGAUAUUGCCACCAAAGAGAAUUUAGAAAACCUAUGCAAAAUUGGAGAAAGGUUAUUGAACAAACCUGUGUCUAAGGUCAAUUUAGAGAACGGCAUGUGUGAGCCUACUGAAAAUCUUGAAACCAACCAAGAAGCUCUUAAAAGGUUUGCAAAAAUACUUUCACAAGAGAGGAAGCUUCGAGAGUUGACAUCUCCUCACACUAACAAGAACUUAAAAUAG